GUGCCUUAAAAUACCACUCAAAACCCUAACUCCAGCGCCGUUGUUCGAUAUCUCUCUCUGCAGAAGUUUAGGUCAAGAAAUUGCUGCCCGAGAAGCGAAAAUGAGCCGUGGAGCAGCAGCAUCCGGUGGCCCAAAGGGGAAGAAGAAGGGCGUGACCUUCGUUAUUGAUUGUGCGAAGCCUGUGGAGGACAAGAUCAUGGACAUCGCCUCAUUGGAGAAGUUUCUUCUCGAGAGGAUCAAGGUUGGCGGCAAAGCUGGGGCACUCGGUGACUCGGUUACCGUCACUCGGGACAAGAACAAGAUCACGGUCAACUCCGAUAGCAACUUCUCCAAGAGGUAUCUUAAAUACUUGACUAAGAAGUACUUGAAGAAACACAAUGUCAGAGAUUGGCUUCGGGUAAUUGCUUCGAACAAAGAUCGCAAUGUCUAUGAAUUGAGAUACUUUAACAUUGCUGAGAACGAGGGCGAGGAAGAGGAUUGAGGUUGAAGCAUCGUUUCAGUAGGAUUAGUUGUAGUGGCGGGCGUUCUCAUAUUAAGGUUGUUGAAAUUAUAUUUCCAUACCUUGUCUUGAAGCUUUCAUAUAGAUCUGUAAGGAUUAUUUGAGUUAUGAGAUGAUGGAACUCUUGUUUCUUUCUGAAGUUUCAAUAUCUAUAGAUUUUGUUCACUUAUA